GAUUAGAGGUGACUUCUUCACCCAAAAGUCUCUGUUUUUUCUUCUUCUUUCAAACUUUGGAACCCAUUGCUGUUAAGAUAUCUGAAAGCAUCAACACAGCAAAAGGAUAAUGAACAUCUUCAGCAAAAAGCCCAAUCCCAAAGAGGCUCUUCGCGAGAGUAAGAGAGAAAUGGCGCAUGCUACUAGAGGUAUAGAGAAGGAAAUAGGAACUCUACAGUUGGAGGAAAAGAAACUUGUUGCUGAAAUAAAAAAGACUGCUAAAACCGGAAAUGAGGCAGCAACUAAAACUCUAGCCCGGCAGCUAGUAAGACUUAGGCAACAGAUAGCUAAGUUACAAAGUAGUCGAGCUCAAAUGAGAGGCAUUGCAACUCAUACGCAGGCAAUGCAUGCUCAAUCUUCAGUUGCUGUUGGCAUGAAAGGUGCCACCAAGGCAAUGUCGGCUAUGAAUAAGCAAAUGGCUCCGGAAAGGCAAGCAAAGGUUAUGCGGGAAUUUCAGAAGCAGUCUGCUCAGAUGGAUAUGACUACUGAAAUGAUGUCAGAUGCCAUAGAUGAUGCUCUGGACGAUGACGAGGCAGAAGAUGAGAGUGAGGACCUAACAAAUCAGGUUUUAGACGAAAUUGGUAUUGAUGUUGCCUCACAGUUGUCAUCAGCUCCUAAAGGAAGGAUUGCGGGAAAGAAUUCUGAGGGCGUUGGCAGUUCGGGUGUUGAUGAGCUCGAGAAGCGGCUGGCAGCUCUUAGAAAUCCAUGAGCUAAAGACACAAACAGAACCUCAACUUUUCCUUCACGAAUACCAAGUUAUCUCUAGUAUUAAUACCUAUGCACUAUUUUUGUAGAUAUGACUGAUCAUUCAUGCUUUCUGGGUUAAUGCAGUGUAAUGCUAUGGAUACUAUUCUAUCCAUUUGGUGCCAUGUGCAAAUAAAUUCUGCAAAUGUUUGGUCGAAUUGAGAUUGAAAAUUAGGUGUUUUAGGAAAUCAUAUCACUUACAAUUGUUUCAA